AUGAUAUUAAUACCAUCAUUGUUUACUGCUACAACUUUUCUUGCUGUACAUCGAUUUAUUAUUAAUUUUACUGAUUUGCCAUAUUCUAAUGAGCUGAAUCAUCCAUAUUCCAAACAAUUUAUUCGUACCAGUCAACAAAUUUCGGAUGCUCUUCAGACUAUUUUAGCAGCAUUACCUGGCCAAUACAAUAUCUCUAUUGUUAAUUACAGGUAUCAACCAGUAAUUGGUACUUUGGUAACAAUCGAGGUAACAUCACGAAAAGCUCAACCAAAAUUGAGAAAAAUCAUCGAAAAAGCAAUACGAACAGGCUACAUUGGUGGAUAUGGUGUUGGUUUCGAUGGUUUUCAAUAUUAUACAUUUAAGGGUCAAUAA